AUGGCCGACUCGUACGAAAACGACGAGGACGUCCUCCAAAUGAUACAGCAAAUAAAAAAAAUAACCAAGGAGAGCAAACGCAAGUUCGAAAACGAAAUCGACUACUUGGUGGAGGACACCAAAUCCAAUCUGCUCACUCAUGUGGACGAUGAAAAAAAUAGUAUUAAAAAGGAAGCGGAGGAGAAGCUAAACAAUUAUCGAGAAAAUCUCAUAAAAUAUGAGAAGGGCAUAAAUGAGAAGAGGCGAUACUACCUCAAGCUCAAGUCGGAGCUAGCCACGGUGGACUUCAACAUGGAAACGGAAAACUUCAAGCAAACAUACGAGCGGGAGAAAAAGGAGUUGGAAGACCUGGAGGACAGGGAGUGGUCCGAACUGAACACCCACUGCGUCGAGCUUUUAAGCAAAACCAAAUCGAAUAUGUGCGCCACGAAAAAUGAAACGAAUAAAAAGCUUAGAAAGGUUCUUAAUUCGAUCAUGUAA